CUGUCACUUGAAAACAUCACGGCUGUGUGCGAGGCGAGCUGAAUUUCUCAAGCUACAUCAGCAUAACGCGAGGAAUACGAGCAUAACACUGAAUCUAAAAAAACACAGUUAACUCUUUAUAUGUUAUGGACUUGUUGCUGACCGCCCAGCUCUGAGUGCGUAAGGUAAACACGUUAAUAAUCCUUCCUAACCCGCCACUUGUUGACGCAGCGCCUAUAACCCUCACGUUGUUGUCACGUAUGGAAUGGAAUCAUGGAAUGAGACGUGGAAUUCUGUGAAGUUUCGUUGUUUCAGUUGAUUCAGUUGAUUCAGUUGAUUCAGUGAAGCGACUGUUGACUGUUUAAAAGAGAAAGUGAGGGGCACCUUAUAGGUUAACUAUCCGUUCAUGGAAAGCCACGCCUGGCUGGAGUCGUCUUUGCGGCGCUCUGCCAGUCUGGGUCUGGAGGUUCUGCAGCGAGCCUCCAGGAGAAGCGUCGACUGGAGCAGCGUGGAAGCUUCCCAGACCCCCACCACCACAGAGGAAGACACACAGAUCCCUAUCAAGAGACCACGCUCAGAGCUUGAUGAUGUCUUUGCAACCAUCGCAGACUUCAUGGCCCAGACAACACAUCAGUGCAAGAGGUUUUAUGAGUCUGGCUCCUGCACUGAGCCCUCUGACACUGAGAGGAGCCAUGUGUGCAGGUUUCACUCACAGCCAGCUGCUGGGAUUAAAACACCUGCACGGUCGGCUAGAAAACACGAGAGGGCACCACAGAACCAGGGUCGUGGCUCUGCAGUCGGUGAAGAUUUCUUCAUCGACGUUUCCCCGGGGACGUACGCUGUCACUGCCUCCAUGCCGGAGUCACAGCAGCAGACUCGGAUGAUCAGUGUCCGAGCCGGAGAGAGCGUCGACCUCACCUUUAACCUCUGACCCCUCUCCUUUAACCUCCAAUACUAAAACUGACUGUGUGUGUGUGUGUGUGUGUGUGUGUGUGUGUGUGUGUGUGUGUGUGUGUGUGUGGUGUGUGUGUGUGUG